CAGGACAGGUUGAGAUGAUGUGUGACUGUGGGCGGCGGCGCUGGCGCUGUGUGUCUCCCACAGACACAGUGUGGGCGGGCGGACAGACGGGCGGGUCCUGGGCGCCGGGAGACGGCGGCCGCUCCUCCCUCCUCGCCCUCCUUCCUUCUCUCCCCGGGCCGGGCCGGGACGCGGCUGUCGGGUGGACGAUGUUGUGGAGCCGGAGAUGCCUCAGGCCGCUGUUCCCGCUCACCGCCAACCUCCUGCGGGCGGCGCCGACACGGUCACCCACACCGGCGCAAAAGGACUCAGGAUCGUGCUUCCGACUGAGACAAUGCACAGUGGCCCUUUACAACACUCUCGUCUCAUCUGAUGAGGUGACUGUCGAAUGCAAAAAUAGGUUUACAGUAAUCUCCAUCAAGCUCCCCUCCAGAAAAGAGUGCUGCCAGUUUAUUGUAAAGCCACUGUUGAUGAAUGUUGGAAACUUUCUGAGGGAUGUGAAGGAUGAAGAUCAAGGCAUCAGCAACAUUGCAAUCCUUGCAGAAGAUGGCACCAGAGUUUCUGCCUCCACUCCAAUGUAUGUUCUGCUAACAAAUAACUUUCAAUUAGUUAUUAAUGAGACAAAGUAUUCUGUAAUACCUCCGAAAAAAGACCAUGUGAGCAGCGAGCAGUCUACAGAGAUGGACAGUGUGAAAGACCUGAUCCAAAGGCUUUAUGUGGCGUUACAUGUAGAAAAUCACCAGCUCAUCAGAGAACAGGAACUCCUGGAGAAACUGGAAGAGCUAAACGACCAGCGACAAAUUAUUGAACAGACGAGGUCGCAGUUAUAUCUGAAAGCUGAAGCUAAAUCCAGUCGAUUCAUGUGGACAGCUUUGGGUCUGAUGGCCACUCAAGGUGGAGCAUUGGCUUGGCUAACAUGGUGGGUCUACUCCUGGGACAUCAUAGAGCCCGUCACCUACUUCAUCACAUAUGGGAGUUCUUUGGCCUUUUACGCAUACUUCCUCAUCACGCGCCAGGAUUGUGCAUACAGUGAGAUAAAAAACCGACAGGUGCUUCAAUACUUUUACCGGAUUGCCAAAAGACGUAGAUUUGACGUGGAUAGGUACAACAGAAUCAAGGAGGAGAUAGCUGAGGUGGAACAUGAUCUCGGACGUCUGAGGAAUCCUUUACAUUUGCAACUUCCAAUCGAACACUUAAACAGCAAAGUUUAAAAAUCUACAACUGAUGUUUGAACAGUGCUGACAACUUGAGACCAUUCUUCCACAUUAAUGCCAAAGAAUGCACUUAAUUACUAUUUAUGGAAGAAAAAUACCAUCAGAAUGGUCACAGCACAUGCCAUAUGAAAUGAUGAGAAAGCACAUCAUAAAUUCUCCUGUUUAAAAUUAUCCUUUUCAUCCCCCCUUUGAAGCGAAAACAAUGGCUGAGGCAUCUUUUUAUAAUUUGUUUUAGUAGCUUUAGGGCAAGUACCCUCUCUCUGAUCUCUAACAAGUCCCCACUUGGAAAGAGACAAGUUUGACAUUUUCUCUUUGAUGCUGUUUCUGGUUUCUGUAAAACUUGGUUUAAUUUAGUAAAUUGUAAGUUUCCUGUUUGUCACAGCCAACACACACAUGUCUUGUGUACUUGCCAUUAUUAAGGGCCUGUCCCACUUGGGCGUCAUUUAGGCGUCACGAUGCGCGCAUGGUGUGCAUUACGCCGCAUAGUGACGUAGGCACUGACGUGCGGUCGCGCGCGGCGCCCCAGAAUUUUGGGAUUCACAAAAUCUUCAUGCACCACCUGCGUGACGCGCAAUUGACGCCCAAGUGGGACAGGCCUUUAAUUGUCCUGUUUUCCUCAUUCUGCUUUCCGUUUUGAAGAUAUGUUUGCUGUUAAUAAUCAAACAAUAAUAUCUCUCUCACUCAGUAUCUCUUGACAUCUAUCUCUUUCUUUCAGAGUUCUUGACCAAGUAACGCUUACUUUUAUAUUUUAAGCAGUAGAUUGGGGUAUCGGCUUUUCUUUCCAGGAAAGCAGGGGUUGGAUGUUUGAGAAAGCUUUCCGAUUCAUUUUUCAGGAAAAAAAAAGGCUCAUCUGAAUCAGAAAUACAAAUAAAACUUGCCAGUGCUAUUAUUCCACAAUACUGGAAGGUAAUGAGGAUAUGUUUGAUACAUGUUUAUUAAAGUUUAUCAGUUUCUUAAUACUUUGAAAUGCAUUGAAAUAAAGAUGACGUUAUAGCAGUAAAA